CAACUUCAUAGAAUGUUGCAUGUAUCCCCUAUUCGGCACUUAAGCGCAUAUCUUAUCGAUAACACGAUAGUCCCGCAAUACUAGUGGUUAAAGCUCCAUAUUAAGGUUUCCCGUUUGUGCUUAGGCCCAAAGCCCCGGUUGGUGCAAACACCUAACCCGAGCUUCGUAAACGGUAGCAGCCUUGAGCUUUGGAGCUCAGUACCUAAAGUAAACGCAGCAGCCUUUCUUUACUUAGAUUCAGCCUCCCGCUCCCAAUCUCGACCACAUCCAUUCCAAACGACGUAUAACUCUCGACCGAACGACCCCAUAACCCUCUUUUAGAGACCGUCUCCCUUAUAAAUCCUUCAAAAUGUUUAUGGCAAGAUCUGAAUACGACCGGGGUAUCAACACCUUCUCCCCGGAGGGACGUCUCUUCCAGGUCGAAUACUCGCUCGAGGCUAUCAAGCUCGGCUCGACGGCGAUCGGUGUCGCAACGUCAGAGGGCGUUGUCUUGGGCGUGGAGAAGCGCGUGACGUCGACGCUGCUGGAGACUUCGUCCGUCGAGAAGAUCGUAGAGAUCGACCGCCACAUCGGGUGCGCCAUGUCCGGGCUGCAGGCCGACGCUCGCAGCAUGGUCGAGCACGCCCGCGUCGAGUGCCAGAGCCACAAUUUCAACUACAACGAGGACCUGCGCGUCGAGAGCUGCACCCAGGCCAUCUGCGAUCUCGCCCUGCGCUUCGGCGAGAGCGCCGAUGGCGAGGAGAGCAUCAUGAGCCGCCCCUUCGGCGUCGCCCUUUUGAUCGCUGGCUAUGACGAGGACGGCCCCCAGCUCUACCACGCCGAACCUAGCGGCACCUUCUACCGCUACGACGCCAAGGCCAUCGGCUCCGGAAGCGAGGGCGCACAAGCAGAAUUGCAAAACGAAUAUCACAAGUCCCUUACGAUCGUAGAUGCCGAGACGCUAGUCUUGAAGACGUUGAAGCAAGUGAUGGAGGAGAAGCUCGACUCGAAGAACGUGCAGCUGGCGAGCGUAACUAAGGAGCGAGGCUUCAGGAUAUACACGGACGAGGAGAUGGCCCAAGUCGUGGAGAGACUACCUGCUAACUAGGAGGGUCCAAGAAUAGGGCCGCGGCGAGCUGGUACUAGCGGAAUAAGAAUCUAGUACAAAUAGACAAGGGGCUAGGACAAAAGAUUCUACCCCGUUAAGCUUGAUGACACCCGAAGUUUUCUGAGAAGGUGGACUUUGUAUUAAGUAUCACCAAAUCCGAUGUACUAUCUUAUACAAGCAAACCGUCCGCCGUCGAUCCCUCCUCGUUAAGUUGCUUCUCCCUUACACUUACAUAGGGUAAUAUAUCCCACGUAAUCAACCGUAUUUUUCUCAGACGCCUACUCC